AUGUAUAGAGGUAUCACUGUAUCACUUCUAUACCUUACUGCUAGCAAGCUUGACAUAGUCUUUAGUGUGGGAAUGUGUGCAAGAUUUCUAGCAGCACCAAAGGAGUCACAUUUGAAAGCGGCAAAAAGAAUUCUGAGAGAUCUAAAGGGAAUGCAUGACCUGGUCCUCUUCUACCCAACACGUGACACUUAUGAUCUAACUAGCUAUGCUAAUGCAAAUUAUGCAAGUUUCCUGGUGGAUCGAGAAAGCACGUCAGGAAUGACACACUUCUUGGGAUCAACACUGAUUUCCUGGGAAACUAAGAAGCAAAAUUAUGUAGCUUUGUCUAAAGCUGAGGCAGAGUUGUUGCUGCUGCUUCAUGUUGUGCGCAGCUUUUGUGGAUCAAGCAACAAUUGGAAUAUUUUGGUGUACGUACAAAUACCAUUCUUUUAUGUAAUAAUGCCAGUGCAAUAA